UUCCACUGUCGAAAGCAGUCAUAAAAAUGCGGAGAGUACUGUUGAUAUUUCUCGUCAUCUUUGUGGCCGAUUGUUAUGGGGCACCUCAAUUUAUACGAGAUCCGUUUAGCGGAUUGCGAGGUAUAGGCGACGGCCUUGGAAGUGUAAUCCUUGGCUUGAGUGCUCCGAAUGGAGGACCAGGUGACAAUGGUUCGAUUGGCUCGGAGGGUACCGAUGCAGGUGGCCCAGGAUCAGAUACGGAAGAUUCGGAUGAAGGUAUCGUUAAGCGUAUAGUAAAUGCGAUCCCCGGUAUUGGGAGUAGCAGAUCAAGCUCAAGAGAGGAAGAUGGCUCCGGUGGAGACAAUAAUUCGUCUGGUUUCGGGUCAGGGGGAGGAGGAUCAGGGGGUAGUAACGACGAUGCGGCCGGUUCAAGGUCAGAUGAAGGAGGGCCAGGAACUAAUAAUGACGGAGCGGGUGGUCAAGGAUCACGUGAAGACGCUGGUAGAAACGUUGAUUCGAAUAGUGGAUCGGAUGAUAAUAGUUCGGGCCCGGGGGGGAGUAAUGUGGACAACUCAGGAGCUGACUCUCAAGCUUCUGAUGAAGGUAUCGUUGGGCGUAUAGUGAAUGGCAUCCCUGGUUUCGAUAGUGGGAGAUCUAGCUCAAGAGAAGAAGAUGGCUCCGAAGGAGGACCAGGGGGUAGUAAUGAUGGUGCGGCCGGUUCAAGGUCAGAUGGAGGAGGGCCAGAAAGUAAUAACGAUGGAGCGGCUGAUCAAGGGUCGAACUCAUCAGAUAAUAGUUCGGCGGGCCCGGGGGGGAGUAAUGCAGACGAUCCAGGAGCAGACUCGCAAGAUUCUGAUGAAGGUAUCGUUAGGCGUAUAGAGAAUGUUAUCCCUGGUUUCGGGAGAUCUAGCUCAAAAGAAGAAGAUGGCUCCGAUGGAGAUAGUAAUUCGUCUGGUUCUGAGUCAGGGGAAGGAGGACCAGGGGGUAGCAAUGAUGGGAUGGCCGGUCCAGGAUCAAGUGAAGGAGGACCAGAGGGUAAUAAUGGUGACGCGGUUGGUUCAAGGGCAGGCGGAGAAGGGGUAGGAAGUAAUAACGAUGAAGCGGCUGGUCAAGGGUCAAGUUCAUCAGAUAAUAGUUCGGCUGGGCCGGGGAGGAGUAAUGCAGACGAUCCAGGAGCAGACUCACAAGAUUCUGAUGAAGGUAUCGUUAGGCGUAUAGAGAAUAUUAUCCCUGGUUUUGGGAGUGGGAGAUCGAGCUCAAGAGAAGAAGAUAGCUCCGAUGGAGACAAUAAUUCGUCUGGUUCCGAGUCAGGCGGAGGGGAACCAGGGGAUAGUAAUGACGGAGUGGUCGGUUCCGGAUCGGGUGAAGAAGGACCAGGAAUUCGAAAUGACGAACGGGGUAGUUCAGGGUCCCAAGGAAAUAAUGACGGAACGUCCGAUCGGGGAUCAGGUGAAAACGCUAGUAAUGAAGCCGGUCCGGAUGAUGGAUCAAAUGAUAAUGGUUCGACUGACCUGGGGGAGAAUAAUGCAGGUGGCCCAGGGUCAGACUCACAAAAUUCCGGUGAAGGUAUUGUUGGGCGAAUUGUGAAUGCUAUCCCGGGUUUUGGCAGUAGCAGCUCAAGCUCAGGGGAAGAAGAUAGCCGUGAGAGAGAGAGUAACUCCGCUAGUUCAGGAUCAGGUGAAGGAGGAGCAGGAACUAUUAACGAUGGAACUACUGGUUCAGGGUCAGGUGAAGACGGACCAGAUAGUCGUAAUGAUGGCGCGGCCGGUUCAGGAUCAGGUGGAGGGGGAUCCGGAGGUAAUAAUGAUCGAGCGGACGGUGAAGGGUCAGGUGGAGCAGAACCAGAUGGUAAUAAUGAUGAAACUGCCGGUUCCGGUUCAGGUGAUGACGGACCAGGUAGUCGUAAGGAUGGCGCGGCCGGUUCAGGGUCAAGUGUAGCAGGCCCAGAUGGUGAUAAUGAUGGCGCGGCCGGUUCCGGGUCAGGUAGAGCAGGCCCAGAUGGUGAUAAUGAUGAAACUGCCGGUUCCGGUUCAGGUGAAGAUGGACCAGAUAGUCGUAAUGAUGGCGUGGUCGGUUCAGGAUCAGGUGGAGGGGGAUCCGGAGGUAAUAACGAUCGAGCGGACGGUAAAGGGUCAGGUGAAGCAGGACCAGGUGAUAAUAAUGAUGGAACUGCCGGUUCCGGUUCAGGUGGAGACGGACCAGGUAGUCGUAAUGAUGGUGUGGCCGGUUCAGGUUCAGGUGGAGCAGGCCCAGAUGGUGAUAAUGAUGGCGCGGCCGAUUCAGGGUCAGGUGGAACAGGCCCAGAUAGUGAUAAUGAUGAAACUGCCGGUUCAGGGUCAGGUGGAGCAGGCCCAGAUGGUGAUAAUGAUGAAACUGCCGGUUCUGGUUCAGGUGAAGACGGACCAGGUAGUCGUAAUGAUGGCGCAGCCGGUUCAGGGUCGGGUGUAGCAGGCCCAGAUGGUGAUAAUGAUGGCGCGACUGGUUCAGGGUCUGAUGGAGCAGGCCCAGAUGGUGAUAAUGAUGGCGCCCCCGGUUCAGGGUCAGGUGGAGUAGGACCAGGAGGUAAUAAUGAUCGAGCGGGCGGUGAAGGGUCAGGAAGUCCAAGAGGCAGUGAUUCAGGUAAUCGAGGAUCGGGCGGAGGAAGUGCAGAAGUCACUGGAAGCUCCAGUGAGGAAGAAUCCAGCCCAGGUGCAGGUGGUCCUGGGAGUAACAAUUCAGCUGGCUCCAAUUCAGGGGGAGAAGUCCCGAAAGAUAAUAAUUCAUUUGCAGGUUCAGGUGCGGGUGGUCCAGGAGGCGAUGAUUCACCUUCUCCAGGGUCGGAAGGAGGAGGUAAUGAUUCAGCUGGCCCAGGCUCGGGGCAACCAGCAGGUGGAAACAAUUCUGAACCCAACGCGGGGGAUCAGGACAGUUCCAGUAGUUCAAGCUCCAGUGAGGAAUUAUCUGGAGGUGACGGCAACUCCGCAAGCGAAGAGAGCUCCGGCCCAGACUCCAGUGUAACGGGACUCCUCGGUCUCGCACUUAUACCCUUGACACCCUUAACGCUUUUGGGCUCUCUCUUCACAUAAAUUAUAUGCCAGCAGGAUCUCUCCAACCGCACUGGACGAUAUCGCCAAUCAAUAAAAAGAAAUUCUUUGAUCAAUCAAUACCCGGAUGUAUUUCAAAACCAACUUUGACACCUCGUUGAAUUAUGGAUUCGUCGAUUCAAGUAGAAAAAUUGACAGCUCAAAACCUUGUACCAAUUUUGGAGAAAUACUUCCACUGAAUAAACCAUUUAAUAAGUAC